ACUUUGUAUUCAUUUGCGGAAGUCAGGGUCAAUUAAUUAAUACUAGUUCUUGAAUCAAUCAUCCUAUAAAAAUGGCACCGCAAAUGUUGUUGAAACAUAAAAUUUGCUCACUUGAUCCCUUUGCAUACACAUGAUGGCAAAGUCCCAUGUAUCUUCCCAAGUCCCUUCCACAGUUUACAAGUUGUUGCUACUCUUUGGAAUCGUAAUGGCUACCUUUACCACAACAGGUGCCCAAAUUGGUGUUUGUUAUGGGACUGUUGCGAACAACUUGCCACCCCCACAAGAAGUUAUAUCACUUUACAACCAACAUAACAUCAAAAGGAUGCGGCUAUAUGGUCCUAACCGUGAUGCUCUCGAAGCUCUUAGAGGCUCCAACAUCGAGCUCAUGCUUGGCGUCGAACACGAAAGCCUUCAGGAUAUUUCUUCUAACCAGGCCAGUGCUGAUGACUGGGUCCAGAACAAUGUGGUAAAUUAUGGAGAUGUCAAUUUCAAAUACAUUGCUGUAGGAAAUGAAAUAGAAUCAGGUUCAUUAGCACCAUUUGUUGGCCCUGCCAUGGAAAAAAUUCAAAAUGCAAUUUCCCAGGCUGGUCUUGCAAACAAAAUUAAAGUCUCCACUGCUGUUCAUCCUAUAAUCCUUCAAGACUCCUUCCCUCCAUCAAAAGGAUCGUUCAAGCAAGAGUAUCGAGACUUUCUUGAUCCCAUCAUUGGUUUUCUUGUGGGAAAUCAAUCUCCCUUGCUUGUUAAUAUGUACUCGUACUUUAGUUACAUUGACGACCGGGGUAUCAACAUUCAGUAUGCUCUUUUCACCUAUCCAUCAGUUCUGGUUUCAGAUGGACAACUUGGGUACCAAAACCUGUUUGAUGCACUUCUCGACGCACAUUACUCGGCUUUAGAGAAGGCCGGAGGUAGCUCGUUGAAAAUUGUUGUAUCAGAGACUGGUUGGCCCUCCGCUGGUGGUGAUGACCAAGUUACAACAAUAGAGAAUGCGAGAAUCUACCACUCAAAUCUGAUCAAACAUGUCAAGAGUGGUACUCCGAAGAAACCUGAAGGUCCGACAGAAACUUACAUAUUCGCCAUGUUCAAUGAGAAUGAGAAAAGUGGAGUAGAGACUGAGAAGAAUUUCGGACUCUUUUUACCAACCAAAGAUCCUGUUUAUCCUAUUGAUUUCAACUAAACUCUUUCAAGGAUUAUAGUUGCAGUAUAUUUUCCUUAUGCAUGAACGCAUAAGAGUAAAUAAAACUUGGCUAGGUUGUAACCCUAAACCUGGCAAGACCCAAAUUUGUAUACGAAUUAAUAAUGCCAAUACGCAAAU